UUGAAAGACCCCACUCAAGGUCAUGUGACUGAAGACCCCUAUGAAGGCCAUGAGAAGUGCACAUGGGUCUUUAAGAAUUGGGUAAAGAAGUCUGGCACAGUCGAAAACCUGGUAGAGCAAUUCAGACUUGAGCUUGAAUCCAUCGGUAGCCAUCAAUUCAACUGGUUGCAUCAGGCAGAAAAAUUUAGGGAAAUAAAGGAAAAUGUUGCUCAAAAUGAAAUUGUCUUGCACAUAGACUUUUCAGAGAACUACGGCUGCAAGCUGAAUUCAGAAAUCCAGUCUUAUCACUUCGCGGGAAGCCGAAAGCAAGUCACACUGCAUACUGUAGUUGCCUACACAUCAAAAGGAACCCAGAGCUAUGCAAUUCUGUCACCAUCAUUAAGGCAUGAUGAGAGAGCUGUUUGGGCACACAUUGUGCCUGUUCUGGAAGAUGUGAUGCUGGAACAUAACCAAGCCAUUGAUAUGUUGCAUGUGAUCAGUGAUGGUCCUGUAACACAAUACAGGAACAAAACCAACUGCUUUCUGUUAAGCCAAGUUCCCUUCACAAUGGGCUUUAAACAUGUAACUUGGAAUUUCUCAGAAAGGUCACAUGGCAAGGGAGCCCCAGAUGGUGUUGGGGGAGCAGUCAAAAGAACAGCAGACAAGUAUGUUCUGAGAGGCAGUGAUUUUCAAUCUCCAAGAGAUUUCUACGAGUUCCUAUCCUCCCAAACAGAGACGAGUGUGAAAUUCAAAUGGAUUGAAGAGUCAGAUAUUGAGGCCUACGACAAACUAAUACCUCCAUCUGUCAAACCAGUUACAGGGAUUCUAGGUACACACCAAGUCUUGUCAUCAUUACCAGGAGUGAUCCUGCACAGAGACUUAAGUUGUUUCUGUUCAUAUCCUGAAGUGUGUUCUUGCCACAAAUCAAAGAAGGUGGAUUUUGGAAAUGCUUUGGAGACUGAAUCAAAUGACCUCUUUGAGGAAGAAGAUAGAUGCACACAAGGAAAAUUUGUCAUUGUGGAGUAUGAUGGCAGACCAUAUGUUGGGCAGAUCGUGGAGGCUCAUGGAGAUGAACUAAAAAUAAACUGCAUGAAGCAAAAGAGUGAGAAUUCAUUUGUGUGGCCGGAGAAACUUGAAUGCAUUUACUAUUCACGGCAGAUAAUUGGUGUCAUAUCUGAACCGGAGCCAAUGCACCGUGCUGCUCGACUCGCACCCCUUGACUGGUUGAUGUUCAAUUCUUGAUUGAUUGAAUGCUGCCACGUGCUAAGAUGACCUCACUAUUGAAUAUGUUCUAAUAUAAUAAUAUCAUCUAAAAAUAUAGUUUCUGGAAUUGUUUUAUAAUAGAAAUUUCAUACAUGAUUGGUAAUAUUUUAAAAUGAAUUGAACUUUUUUCAAAAGUUCCUAAAAACUGAAAAAGGAAAUGUGUGCGAUCUUCGUGAUUUUCUCAAUGUGUUUAAAUGUUUUAAGUAUGAUUAAAAUUAAAGAUUAACUGUUCUAAAAAUAUGUUUUAAAUGAAAUGGUAUUCAUGUUAUUUUAUUUUCAUGUCACUGUUACUGUUUAACUGAUGAAUUUUGCAGUUUGACAAUGUCACAGUAUUAUUUUGAAACGUUAUGAAUUUCUCAAAGGUACUAUAUGCAUCAAUGUUUCCUUAUUGAUGCAUAAGUAUCAAAGUUACUUUUGGUGUGCUAUGUUUUGCACAGUUUAUAUUAUUGACAAAUAAAAACAAAUGUCCUCCUUUUUAAUUGUUACAAUAAACACUACAUAUUCUUA